AUGGAGGAUGGACGUGUCGUUCCCAAUGGAUCAAGGGGGAAAGCGAGGGCAGAGGUGGGGAUGGCUACCCCCCUAGCUUAUACUUUCGGUGCCACUGCGAAUCUAGUGUCCGCAGAGCUGGACGCGCUCUUUGCCAACCUCUCCGAUGACAAUCGAGCACCAACUCCUUCAUCUUCGGGAGCUGGGGGCUUGUCUUCGAAGAAGAGAAGGGGACGCACCACGAAUGUACUCCUAAGCGACGAUGAAGAGGGCGGCAAAACGCAACAGCCACAAACGCGUCCUGACGAUGAUGAGGCGCCGAAAGCAAAGAAGACGCGAAAAAUCGCCAAAUUAGACGAAGAUCGCUUAUGUGGUCCCAACGGAUUUCCAGCACUCAUAGAACAUCAUAGGAAGUUUAAGCCGUCAGGAAAAGGGAAUGAAAACCUGAUGUCUUGCGAGGCGAAAGAUCUCCAACGGCUGCUUCAAAUAUAUCAACUUUGGUCACACAAGAUGUACCCUAGAACUCAGUUUCGUGAUUCCAUAGAACGGAUCGAAAAGUUGUGUCGGUCACGGUCUAUGCAUAGCGCCCUGAGCAAAUGGAAGGAUGAUUUAGCUCCCAAGCCCGUUAUCCCUUCCCGCGACUCCUCGCCCGUCAACGAAGAGAAUAUUGAUGACGAUGACGAGGAUGUUUCCAAUAGCCAACAUAUCCCCAAUGGCACAUCCCUCAACACCAACGUUGACUCCCGAGAUCCAUCCCAGCCUUCCACCAUUUCCGGCGGACGGGCAAUAAACCCCAGCAACGACGAUGACUGGGACCUCGAUGCACUCAUUUCCGAGGACAUCGCUUUCCGGCGGCAGCAAGGAUUAUCCUCUGACCUGCAGCCUCAACCACAGAGGGCACCUGUCGGUGCCGAGGGGAAGAGGCUCUUCCUCGACGACCCUGGCCCUGAUGAUUGGGACGUGGACGCAAUGAUCGAAGAACAAGAACGAUUCGAGAUGGAGGAGCGAACACAUCCCUCUGCGACCAACGGGAUUGGGAAUGUGCCCGUGGAUGACAAUGAAAUGUGGAACAUGGUGGGGGAGAUUGGAAUGGGCCGAUAA